AUGACCGAAGGGAUUGACCCCAUGCAAUCCCUGUACUCGCGUUCGGGGAGGUCAUUUUACGACGGACAUUCUUCGAAUGCAGCGGGUGGGUCUCGUCGUACUGCUCGACGAGAACCAGGACACCCACAAUCAGCUAGACAAGAGGCUUCCAGCUGUCCCGCGCCGGUGGAUUGCCACGCCAGCGGGCGAGGUAGCUCGUCCGGACGCCAUUCACGUCGCGGUGGUAGAAAUUGCACUCCACUAGAAAACUUUGACCACUGCCUGAGUUCACCAAAGGAUGUAGUGGCGGCGGGAACACCUGAUCAGGCUCGAGGGUCGGAUCAGCUUGAUGUUCAAGAGCUGAACCGUGUGACGGAACAGCUGCAAGAUGAUCUGGCUCAUGAACGAAAUCGGCAUUAUGAGCUCUAG